AUGUCUAUCCCAACAGGCGUGCGGAUAGCGUAUGAUGGAACGGCUCCGUCCACACCAAUUGAACAAGGACAGAUAUCAAAGCCAGAAUUUGAGGAGAAUUUGCACCAACUGAAGCGAGCAACUGCUCUGGUAUACCAGGGUGAAGCGCACGCCAUCGUAUUCACGCCACUGAGCAAGAUCACUAUGUAUGGCUGGGAUACAUGA